AUGAGAGGGGUGGGCUCAAUGCUACGUCGUUUGGCAGCCGGAAGUGUCCCUUGCGUCGCCGGUCGAUCGUUUUCCGUCUGCGAGAACCUCAUCAUCUCGUCGGCUGCCGUCGCUUCGUGCUCCUCUCUAAUCCUCGCGGAAGACGGGAUCAGCCCGCUUUUCUUCUCAUCAUCAACGGCCCCUGCAGGCUUCCAGGGUGCUUUCCUGAACCAUUCUCUGAGCUUCUCCUCUUCGCCCUCCGCAGAUCCAUCCAAGGUGGUGUUAAUCGAGUCUGAGGAGCAGUUUAACGAUUUACUUCGCAAGGUCCAAGAUGAAUCUUUGCCUGCAAUAUUCUACUACACUGCUGUAUGGUGUCCCCCAUGUAGAUUGUUAUCCCCCAUACUUGGGCAGCUCGGUGAGGAAUACCCCCAUGUCACUACGUAUAAAAUAGACAUCGAUAAGGAGGAGCUUGGAAAUGCAUUGAGCAGGAUGAACAUUCAAUCCGUGCCCACACUGCACUUCUUUCAAGGUGGUAAAAAGGCCUCAGAGGUUAUUGGGGCAGAUGUUCAGCUCCUCAAGGAUACCAUGGAGACACUCUACAAAAAGUGA